AUGAAGCUCAUUUUGCGUCUUUUGACCAAUAAGUCUGUGAAUGAAGGAGGCUCAAUGCCCUUGCAAUGGAAGAACAUCUACAUUUUGCCAGAACAUUCCCGUUUCAACCUAACCAGCAAGCAAAUAGCUUUUUCUAUUGUAGAAGGUCCACAUCAUGGUACGCUGACAUUAGAGGGGCAGCCAUGUUCAGCAUUUGACUACAGUCAGUUGCUAUCUCGAAGUGUAAUCUAUCGCCAUGAUGGAAGUGAAACAACACAGGAUCAGCUCGAGUUUCAAAUCGAUAUCACAUCAAAGCGGACGGAUUUUCCAUGGCUUGACUCAACCACUUAUGUCCUUCGGAUUCGAAUAAAUCCUGUCAAUGAUCCACCAGAAUUAACGGAAGCAAAAGGCGGUCAUGUGCUAAAAAUUUCAGCAAAAGGAAGCAACCUCUCUUUCACUGCAUCCGUGCCAGAUCUACCUCUUUCGUUCUCCAUUGUUGGCCUCCCUGACCAUGGGGUUGUAGAAUGCAGCCCUGAACAAGGUCACUUUGCUGUAUGUAGCACUUUCACCCAAGACCAGGUGGAUCGAGGACUUGUACGAUUUCGCCACACGAGCAGCCACCAUCCGAAACAGGACAUGUUUAGUUUCCAGGUUUUUAACCGUGAAGCUUUUAUGCUAAACGGAACGGAAUCUGGAACCCUUAGCCGAGCAAACUUAUUUGCUUGGACAUUUCCAAAGAGUUAUCCUCCCGAGAAGCUGAUUGUGGAAAGAGGCGAGCGAAUACUGUAUCCAUAUCUGCUUAACUGGAUCGAUGACGAUUCUGAUGGGGCUCCUUUGCAGUUCAAUUUUUAUCAACCGAUCAAAGAUGCGGCUGUCCUCUCCACGGUCUCACCUUAUCAUCCAAUGACAAUAUUUACUGAGAAGGAUCUGCAACAAGGCCGAAUUAUGCUAAGGCAUUUAGGUCACAAGAACAAUUUUACUAUCAGUUAUACAGUUAGCGAUGGCAAGCAUACUGUCGAGGGUCUCUUGCGAGUUAUAGCUUCGGACCCAUUUAUUCGAUUAGGAGAAAGUCUCCUAGAAUAUUGUUGUCUACCUGGAGAUACGCCAAAUCUUCGU